UUUUACAUGGUUAUCAAAACCAACCUGUUGACUGUUUCCUGCUAGACAAGCUAUGCUAGGUUUUAAGUAACAAAGUAAUUCCACAUGGAAACCGUAACCUUAAGUGUAUAAAGGACAGAAUGACUACUGCUGGCGGUCUCCUGUCCCCCGAGUCCACUGUUACAUCGUUAUUGGCUAGUUCUGGACACCUCGUGAGCACUUUACAUCCGGAAUCCUCACAAUCCAUUUGGUACAAAGAUACAAAAUAUGAGUCUGCUUCAGAGGCUCUGGAUGCAUACAUUGCUGACUUCAAGUGGACCCAGUUGACCUCAGGGCAACCUAGAAGACAUCUGAAGCUUCCAAAGACCCCAGUCACCUCUCGUCUACCCCGUUCUGGAUUGAGGAACAAAGAUGUGCUGAAGGAUAGCCUGACUGACAGGGAGUUGAAUUUCCUCCGUUUGCCGGUUGGGGCUCAGCAUCGAGAUCCAGAGUGCCUGAGCCUUAGCACAGAUGACCUGCUAGUGCUGCCCUGUGACGGCUCCCUGCCGGUCACCCGCACCUCUGCUUUCCUCUCCCAGUCUGGUAUGCAGCUACCAGGGCACAGCUCCUGUUCUCAACCUCAGCUGAGAGCCCAGCCCAGAACCACGGUAGGCCAAAAGUCCCAUCCACAACCCAAGCUUAGAGGCCACCCUGUUACACAAAGCUACCGUCACUGGUCCUCACUCAGACCCAAGCUGAGCAGCACUACAAAGACUGCUACAAAGACUGCUACAAAGCAAUCAGAGGAAAGCUCACACAGGAUCGAGGCAAAAAAACGAACUGGGCGGCUAGAGGCCACUCCGCCAGGAAACAUGUGGCCAGGACAACUAGAAACUUCAGUUUCCACUGGCAGGGAGGUUCCAGAGGACGCCGCUAUGACCCACCAUUAUCCGCGUUGGAUGACCAGUCAGAGGUCGGAGAUGGAUUUCUCUGGGAUCACCAGCGUUCCUGAGCUGAAGUAUCCAGCAUGGCUUCAGGAGUGUGACCCUCCAGUGGAGCCCAGCGACAUCACACACCCCAGUCGUGCAUCCGUCCCAUCCUGGCUGGGCGAACUGGACGAGUCAUAUCAAGAAAGAAGCAACAAGAGGACACAUAAAGACUUGCCCGGUCAUCAGAGGAUGAUGUGCAGUUCUGGGGCAGUGCACAGAAACCAGACAACAUCCCUCGUGCAGACGCAGGCCGAUCACUUAUCUUUGAGGGAGCUCAGGAUGCAGUUUGUGGAGCAGCUAGCUUUGGAAGAGGAGAACCAGAGAGAGGCUGACAACAGCCACCCUUUUAGAGAUGAUAAGAUCGAGUCUUUGAUCCAGAGGGCAGAGCAGGCUCUGAACUCCCCCUCAUUGGGGAUCAACAACCAAUCAGACAAGCAAAGCAGUCCAGGAGGCACAGAAGAAGACUUGGGGGCAGAUCGCUCUUGGGAUAAUCCGCCUGUGACAUUUAAAUCUCCUGUGCCAGUAGGGGUCAGUGGCACUCCUCAGAAGUCUGAGGAGGGCCAGAUUAACAUCAGAGAAGAGACCUUUGGCUCAAACUCAUCAGGAUACAGCAGCAGGAAACAUCCUGGUCCGGUGGAGGCCCUGAAACAGAUGCUGUUCAGCCUACAAGCAGUGGAGCAUAAGGUUGCCCAGGAAAACGACCCUGUUGCAGAGGAUGCGUUGGGUGCUGAUAAGAGGACCCCACUUUCACAGGAGCACCAAGCCCUAACAGGAGAGGUUCCUAACCUGGUGGAGGAUUACGAGUCUGUGCCUGGUGGCGAGUCUCUACAAAGGGCACUGCAUCACCUGGGACGACUGAAAAACCUGGUUGAUGACAUCAAGGAGAAGAAGGAGAGAGAACCGCAGGCAGGGAGAAACCACCAUGUUACGUGACAGGGCCACAAGGAAGUGGCAUCCAGGAAGCCUAUAAGCCCACGCUACACCUGAUGGCCUAUAAGCACACGCUACACCUGAUGGCCUAUAAGCACACGCUACAUCUGAUGCACUAUAAUCACCUUUAUGUUGCACUGUUGGCUGAAUCCACAUUAGGACCAUUCCCCUGCUGUGUUAUUUACUGAUAUGAAAAGCCAGUUUUCAAAAUGUAUAGAAAUACAGAUACACCAAAAUUUUGAAGACAACAUCAACAGAAUGUCUGUAUUCUUUGGUAAUAAAUCCUGAAGGAAUUUUGACAUACUACAGUGUACAGUGUUUGGCAGGCUGAGUAAAUGUGUUAUUUUAGGUCCUGCAAAAAUGAGUUCUGGAAGUGUUUUAUGUCCUUGCUGAUCAUUUCUUCUAUUCCAAGUUGCUACACAGUUGAAA